UGGUAGCUUCUGCUCAACACACUUAUUUCUGAAGAGUGUCCCACAGGCCAGAGGUUCCCAAAUUGUGGGCCGGGGCCCAAAGGUGGGCAGCGACACAGUCCUGGGUAAUCUGUCAGUGCAACUGCAUUCUCCAGUCAAGCUCUUAGUAAAUCUUUAACUCCAUGUGACUGUGUAAUCUAAGUAAAAGUUAUAGAAAUGUCAUGUUUUGAGCUGUAUAUGUUGGACAGAGUAUAGAAAAAACUUUAUUUAAAAAAAACCACGUUGCAAUAGGUCAGGUGUAAUUCUCGCGAGUACAACGGUGCGUUUCACUGCAAGGUAACUUAGCAACGUACACGCAGCCCGCCGUUUACAACUGUAAAAACUAGCAAGCCAUAGUUCAGUCUGACGUGGAUCGAUUUAUUUUUUGAAAACGAGGCGGAGAAGAUAACGAAAGUCCCAGGCCAUCUACAACUACGCAUACGGAGCCAGCCAAAGAAAUAAAGUGAAAUUCAGAGGAGUGUGAAUGUACGAUCUAUUGGAUGUGAACUCCUUCUUCUAAAGCAGACUUGCAAUACCCUAAUCUCUCGCUUGCCUGGGAGACCCUUCAGCGUUCCUGUAAGUACGUCUCAUCCUGGGCUUGGAGGGCGCCUCCUGACUUGAGAUCUGAACCAUGUCCCACCCAUCAUGGCUGCCGCCAAAGAACACCAACGAACCCGUCGGACACGUCACUGCGAGAAUGGAGACCACGCACGCUUUUGGGACCCCCAGCAUCUCUGUGUCCACGCAGCAGUCGCCAAAGAAAUUUGCCCCAGUUGUUGCUCCAAAGCCAAAGUACAAUCCAUACAAACAGCCGGGGAGUGAUGAUUUCCCUCUGCCGCCACCACCACCACCACCACUUCCUGGAGAUGAUCUCGGGAACCUCCCAGCGCCUCCUGGUGCCUUUCCCCCACCACCCUCUACAGAUGAGGCUGGUUUCAGUGUGCAGGUAAAUCCCGGUGAGAAGACGCUUGAAGAAAGACGAUCCAGUUUAGAUGCAGAAAUCGAUUCCUUGACCAGCAUCCUGGCUGACUUGGAAAGCAGCUCCCCAUACAAGCCCCGGACUCAACAGGGCUCUGGGUUCCCCACCGGCUCCCCGGUUACUUCUCCCCCGGGAUCUACUCCGGUUACUGGGCACAAGCGGAUGAUCAUUCCCAACCAGCCGCCUCUCACUGCCACCAAGAAAUCUACUGCCAAGGCACCGGUCCAACCUGGUGCCCCGCCCGCCCCAGUCCCCGUGACUCCUGUUGGUACACUAAAACCUCAGCCGCAACCAGUUCCAGCUUCUUAUAUCACCGCGUCCACUCCCACCCGCCCGGCGUUCAACGUACAGGUGAAAACAGCCCAGCCCAGCCCUCACUUCCAGCCACCUGGCCCACCGCCCGUUCAGUACGGGCUGGGUCCAAGCCAAUCCUACGCUCCUCAGCCAGCCCGGCCCCCGGGGCCAGCACAGUAUGUUCCAUCUCAGCCUCGUGGUCCUGAGUAUGGCUACGCUCCCCAGCCUGCACGUCCUUCAGAGCCUGCUUAUGGCUUUGCACCUUCACAGGGGCGGUAUCAAGAUCUUUACUACCCUGCAGGCCCUGGAUAUGGAGGAAGAAAUGGCUCGGAACCAUCCUAUGUGCCACAAAACACCUGGAAGCCCGAGCCGGCCUAUCCCACAGCUAACACCAUGGCCCAAAAUCCAGCUGGGCCAUACCAACCGCCCAGCACAAAGAAGACCUACAUUACGGAUCCGGUGUUAGCACCUCCUCCACCACCCAUGCAGCCAAAGAGUGGGUUCCCUGCCUCUGGCCCGGCAUCAAAUGCUCCUUUGUUCAGACCUGAGGACGAGCUGGAACAUCUGACCAAGAAGAUGCUGUACGACAUGGAGAAUCCGCCCUCUGAUGACUACUUCGGCCGCUGUUCCCGUUGCGGUGAGAACGUUGUCGGGGAAGGCACUGGCUGCACCGCCAUGGACCAAGUGUUCCAUGUGGAAUGUUUUACCUGCAUGACCUGUGGCAACAAGCUCAGAGGCCAGCCUUUCUACGCGGUGGAGAAGAAAGCGUAUUGUGAACCCUGCUACAUCAACACACUGGAGCAGUGCAGCGUCUGUGCCAAACCCAUCAUGGAGAGGAUCCUGCGCGCCACGGGGAAAGCCUACCACCCCCACUGCUUCACCUGUGUGAUGUGCCACCGCAGCCUGGAUGGCAUCCCCUUCACUGUGGAUGCCGGAGGGAACAUUCACUGCAUCGAGGAUUUCCACAAGAAAUUUGCACCGCGAUGCUCCGUGUGUAAGGAGCCCAUUAUGCCUGCCCCGGGUCAAGAGGAGACCGUACGCAUUGUGGCAUUAGAUCGUGACUUCCAUGUCCAGUGCUACCGGUGUGAGGACUGUGGUGGCCUCCUGUCUGAAGGGGACAAUCAGGGCUGUUACCCUCUGGAUGGACACAUCCUUUGCAAGACCUGCAACUCAGCUCGGAUCCAGGCACUCACUGCUAAGGCCAGCACUGACCUUUGAGCGUCUACCACCACACUCCCAUAUUUGCCUGUUGGGGGAAUUGCACAACCUUUUCAUUUAGCAUGACUCCUUUCCAGCCUAGGACCUAAUUCUCUAUUGAAAAAGUAAAGCUGGAAGGCCUUGGGACAAGCAGGCAGUUUCUAAGUUUAUCUCUGUUUGAUUCACAUCUCCUAAGAAGCACAUUAAAAUUGGGAUGAUUGGGCUCGAUUCUCUUCUUACUCUGGUGUGAGGGCCUGAUCCUACUCCCAUUGACAUCAGUGGGAAGUUAUAUAUUGGACAUGAUUCCAUAAUACUAGACUUACACCAGUGUAAAACCAGCAUGUAAAUGCAAGACCAGAAUCAGAGAAAUUGUUAUCACAAGACAAACCAUACAAACAUUGGCCAUGAGACAUUGGGCCUUUAUAUCGGCAUUGUUUUAAAUCAUAGGGACACAGAUUUGUUUUAAAUCAUAGAGACCAUAUCUUUUUCUUAUGCCCUCGCUUGUCUCCAUUCCCUUCCAGUUUCAUAACUUUUUCUUUUCUAUAAUAUUAUAUUUCGCUGUUGCAUAAAUGUAUUCAGUAAGGAUGCUUCCAACUCUCAGAUGCUAAGGCAUUUAUGUAUGAGCCAUCUCUGAAAGUUGUGAGCCUGCACACACACACACGCGCGCACGCACGUACAUACAUAUAUCCUUUUGAUAAACUAGAGCUAUAAAGUCACUGAGAAGUUAUGUUAAUUAUUUUGGGGGCUGGAAAGGGUUAAAAAGAAAUUCAAAAUGGCUUCAAAGAAAAUGACUAAUGAUAGCCACCACGGGCAUGCUCAAAAGGAUCCUAGGUUCUCCGGGGCCAAUGCAGUUACAUAGUGACCAGUGCGCACUGCUUGUUUCCAAACAAGUACUUUAGCAAUGGAGUCUUGAUUCAGCUUCCACUGACAUCAAUGGAAAGACACCACAUUGGAUUGAAUUCUACCUUGAGAUAGGCUCAGGCAUUCGGGGAUGAUGGUAACAUACCAGAGCUGGAGUUACAGUACAAGCUAUGAGAAUUGUUUAAUAUUUCAGCAUUUAGGGCUUUCCAAAUAGCUGACAUUUCUGGAACAGGAAUGAUUCAUUUUUCAUCUCAAGUUGUAAAUAGGUGUAAUUUAGCUCCCAAAAGGGAAAAACGACAGACAUCUUUUCUCCUACAGUUUCAUCACGCAGUUUUUUCUGUGUGGAGAAAUGUCAUUGCAAAGGAAUGAUUGGGGGAUGUCACAGUUCCAGGAAAAAAGGGACGUAUCGAUGCACUCUUCAGGGAGUUAAACAUUUGCACUAAGGUUAAUAAAAACCUAUGCGCAGGCAGUUCGUGGGUUUUUUGGGGGUUGUAGGUUUUUUUUGAGGGGGGGGUGGGUUUUUUUUUGUUAAUUAAAAAUACAUUAUAAAUCCACAACUCAUUUUGUACAGCUAUAAUAUUCUUAUUCAUGAAACCCAUAAUAACUAAGGUGCAAAUUACAUGGGAAAGGAGCAAUUUUCAUAUCACUGCAUUGACAUUAAUAUCUUAUUUGCAGAUGUAAUCAAAGAAAAUACCUUUAGCUACACUUAACAAAUUAAGAGCCAGAACUGAAGCAUUUCAGGGCUGAUUGACCAUAUUAAUAACAAACUUGCAGUUUUGAAGAGUAACUUUUGUGAAUUUUGCUCUCUCUCACAAUAAUAAAUAGUAAAAUGGGGUGCUUUCCCCUUCAGUCUCUGUAACAAGAGCUGAAUAAAAUUACAUCACCCAAACCUGAAAAGAAAAAUGAGUGAAAUGAAAUGAGAUGGGUUGGAUCCAAGCGAAGAUUAAAGAAAAUGGAAAAUUGCCUCUUACUGUAACUCCUGAAAAUGGUAUGUCCCCUCCCCGCUCAGCAUUUCGGUUGACCUUUAUGGCAAAGUCCUAUUGAAUAUAACAGUGAAUAAUAACAUUUCUGUAGCUGUUUUUUAAACCAUCCUAUAGAGAAUUUAAUAGAGAAUUUAGGGUCUGUCCCCCAACACUUUCACCAACUUUUUACUGGGCUAACUUCAUUGGCUUCAGUGAAAUUAACCUGGAUUUGCACCACAUCAAAAUGAGGUCAUUUUUCUAUAAAUCUGUAGGAUGACUGAUCAAUCCCAUAGAAAGUAUAUUGUUCUCCAUUAAAUCCUGCAGGACUUUGCUACUGGGACAGUGUCUAUGUAGCAGCAUCUCACCAUCAUAUUGGAGUUUGGCCCCAGCCUUCAACAAUUUCAGCAUUUUCCCACAGUAGAUUAGUUAGAUAUGUUAUAAUUUAUUUCAUGCAAAACGUUAAGUGCUGGAUAAUUUUUUAAAAUAAGGAUAUGACUCCUAAUAGGCUCCAUUUGAUCUACUGGUCCUAAGCCCUGGUACCUAAGGUAAUUUUGAGCUUGCUAGCAUUACAUGCAGAAGAUUGUUAAACACUUGUCUGAACUGAAUCUACCAAAGCAUGGAAGUUCAGAGUGCAGGUGGCUAACUUCACUUUAUCACACAUUCCAUCGUGCCUUAGAACUGGGUUUCUGAGCAUCUUCUCUCCAAAGUACACUGGGAAUGUGAUGUAUACAACCGAGCAUGGCACUGAUGUAGCAACUAUAGCUCUGAACUUCUGUGUCCUUGUAGGUUUAAGUCAGUCUGUCAAUCGCACUGAGUGGCAUAUUAGAAAGCGAUGAGAAUUAGCUACUGUAAUUAGGACAAGGGUCGUGGUCUAGUGAUUAGAGGAGGGAGACCAGAAGUCUGGAUUCCUGGGUUCUUUCAGUGCCCCGGCCACAGACUCACUGUGCAAUUUUGAGCAAGUCACUUAACCUCUCGGUCUGUCUAUCCCUCUUCACAAUAGAGCUUGAUAAUUCUUACUAACUUCCCAGGGAAGGGAAGUGACUAAAUAAAGUAAUUUUAGAGUGCCCUAUGCUGCAUAAAUUCAAAUCCAGAUCCUCCCUUUCUGAAAAGUUUGGUUGGGUUUGUGGUUUUGGAGCAGCCCAUUCCAGAACACCCAUUUUUAGGGUGUUCUAUGAAUUUGGUGGUGUGGGGGCUCUUAGAUCGUUGUUUCUCAAGCAUUUUGAGCUCCUUGGAUGGAAGGAGAAGGGGGAGUGUUGUUAUCAUUAUACAUACAGCAGCUAAUUUUCAGACUUGAAAUAUCUGGGUAAUGUUGUUUUAAUUUGGUUUCUCCUCCCUAAAAUAACCAAAGCCAGUUGCCCAUUUGAGUGAGUGAAUAAGUGCCUGGAGUGUUUUUAAAAAAAAUUCAUUCAUAUGUGGUGCCUAAACUGAUACAAAUAUAUUUUGGAAGAUACACACACACACACACACACACUCUGUCAUGUCAGAUUUUCAGCCCUGAUACUCGAGGGUUUCAAAUGGAUCUUUAAUCAAGGCAUUGCUCUAAAGCACCAACAAAAUAUUGCUUAGCCACAAUCUUUAUCAUAUAUUUAUUACAUAUCCUCAUUUAUCUAUUCCAAAGAAGCCUUUUUUACCAAAGAGAUCUUGUUCUUUUAAGGUACAUUUCAAAAGUCAUGAUAAAUACUCACGUUGUUUGCUGAUGCAUUAACGUUCAGCAAUUCUCCUUUGACAAGGAAUGUGAAGAUCACCUAGACCUUUCUAUUUCAAUCUGCCGAUUUUUUGCUGGUGGUUCUUUGCCAUUUCUAGCAUUUGUGUGAAAUUAGGGCUUGAUCCCGUGUUUCAGGUCACCCCGUUGGGAGUUUGGGGUGCAGGAACAAGCCCUUGUUUAAGCCUUGGCUCGGGAAAGUAUUUAAGCAUGUACUUAAUAUUCAGCACAUGCUUAAAUCCGUUCCUCAAUGGGACAUAAAGAGAUGCUUGAAUUUACUACAUCAGAUUUGGUUGCCUUGGUUACAGCCAAAUCCCUUGUGACAUCAUCAAAGUGAAUGAUCGUAUUUUGUUAAUGUAAUUGCUUUAUUGUCAUUUAUUGUUUUAUUUUAAUUGUUGCCUGAAUGUUGCCUUUUAAAGCAGAAGACAACAUCACAGCUUUAGAUAAUGCACCUUUCAUUAUGAUUUUUUUUAAAUAAUUGUUAGAUUUUUAUCGCAGCUGCAAAACACUUGGGGAAUGACUUCGUCCUAGAGACACGGGGGAAGCGAAACGUUUGCCAGGGUGAGCUCUACACGCGUUCAUCAGACGCUUAGGGCAGAAGCAGGAAUGAAGUGGGACAUAGGUUAGCUCAUUAUCCGGGCGUGAAUUACACACCCUACAAGCAUAAAAGAGUUCUCGGUAUAGAUAUUGUGUGUGGAGACUGGUGCAAACAAUCACCAAUUAAAUCCAGUCUAGUAACACAUAUUUUGGGCCCUAAGCCUCCAACCUAGCUGAGUGUAGCAAAGUUUAGCUGGGGCUGCAAAGAGUGCUGGUUCUACAAUAUAAUUUCCCUCCCCUGGCCUCAUGGAAGGUCCGUGGGAGUACUGGGAAAAGGUAAAACAGAGGACAAUGCAGAGACCCAGGAAAAUCCCAUCAUCAGCAUCCAUGGGGGGGGCGGGGAAUCUUGUCACUUUGCUUUACUCUAGUUUAGGACAUAAAAUUCUGUGAUGCCCCAUUUUUGUCUAGAAACUGAACAGCCCAAAGGAGGUUUUUUUGGUUUUCGAAUUGUCUUUUGUUAAUGUCUGGUUCCCGUGGUUGAUUCUGUGGGCUGAUUUGAUAUUAGAUCAUCAAGUAGUGCUAAUCAUGCUUUAUAUAGAGAUCAACACUAUAAAUCAGGGUUGACACAUGAGGAAGUGUGCUGUGGAUUUGGGUGGUGAAAGUCUACAUGGGAAACACCAGUCGCGUGUUGAUAUUUGUUUGAGGAUCUACUGCAAAGAAUGGAGAGGGCCACCUAAGGCCAUAUAGAAGUUAGUUAAGUGUGAGUUGAUAUAGGGACUCUGAGAACGAUACUUCUGUUAAAGCUGGUCAAAUUGUUUUACACUAAACUUCUGUUUUGUUGAAAGUUUGACCUUUUCUCUUCGAUACUUUUUGGGGGAAAUUGUCUAUUUUCUGAUCUCGCAAUAUCUUUCACAUCGUUUGUUAUUAAUAGUUUAAUCAAUAUAUUGUUGACAUUUUUAUCCUAAUAGUUUUUGAAAUGGUUCUCAGUUUUUCAUUGACCAAAAAUGAAGUUUUCUUACUCAAAACCAUUUUUAAUAAACAAGUUUUCGGUAAUGAUUUCAAAAACUGUAUGGUAAAAAAAAUCCUGUAAAAGUGUCACAAAAAUGUUCAUGGAAAAUGGAUCCGUUCUGGAUGUUAUGAAGCAAACACAUUUUGAAAAUUUUCACAAAAUCUUUCUUGUUUUCUGAUUCACUCUACUUCCUGUGCAGACACCAUUUUCCUAGUUACUAACAAUCCGAAUAAUGUGACUUUUCUGGGAAUAACAGUGUUACUUCUGUUGGACACAGUUUUUGUCUUCUCCCUUCAAACCAUGCCCAGGCUGGUUAGGAAGAUGGUGACCGUGUCAGUUGUCCUUUGUUUCAAGUACUGAAGGGUGUAAGUAGAUUAUGCUCACCAAGAUCGAGAAACUCUGGUUGAACCUCACGCCCUAGCACCAUUCCUUUGGGCUUGGGAAAGGCCGUUUUCCAUAUACAUUUCCAGGAAGAUUGUUCUUCCUCCUCGGCAUUUCAAGUUUGCGUUUGAAACAGGUGGUUGGCUGUCUUGAUGCUAGAGCCCUUGUAAAUUGUAAAUGAAAUGUGACUGGCAAUACCGCACCUCUCCUUAAGCCAGUGGUUCUCAAACUUUUGUCCUGGUGACCCCUUUCACAUAGCAAGCAUCUGAGUGCGACCCCCCCCCCUUAUAAAUUAAAAACACUUUUUAAUAUAUUUAACAUCAUUAUCAAUGCUGGAGGCAAAGCGGGGUUUGGGGUGGAGGCUGAUAGCUCGUGACCCCCCAUGUAAUAACCUCACGACCCCCUGAGGGGCCCUGACCCCCAGUUUGAGAACCCCUGCCUUAAGCCAACUCUGAAUCAGUCCAGUUCCAUUGGCGAGUCCAUAAUAAUAAACAACCUAAUCUAGGGUUCGUGGUGAACACGUAAGUUCUCAGCUUUGUUUUUAGAGACACUAACUAUUGAAAACUCAGUAGAAAUGUUUGGAAUUAUAUAUAUAAAAAUAAUAUACAUAUUUUAGAUUGUCCUGAGACUAUGACUCAUUAAAGGUACAGGCAACAGUAGGUAGCCGGGGCAGUUUUUAUUAUACUUGCCCUGUCUUCAUUUCUGUGCCGCCACAGUCUCUAUCUUUUUGGCAUUAACCCAGGUAUAACCAACCGCCCCACUGAAUUUGCAGCUAUGCUAACAGGGCUAAUCUGAAAUGUUCUUUUUGUUGUUUGUGUGUCUUCCUGAUUAUUCCUCAAUCUAAAAAAAAAAAGCCCAAACCCCAAAUGGUGAUAUCUUCUUUACGUUUCCCAGGCAUUAGAGUCCAGUCCCGGGAAUCAGAACUCAGGGGUUCUGUUUGAAGCUUUACCUCUUUCUCCCUUUGUCACCUUAGACAAGUCACUUAGCCUGCUUCUCCCUCUGCCCCAGUUUAUCCAUCUCUGUAAUGGGGACGAUAUAUUACCUACCUCACAGGGGUGUUGUGAGAGCUAGUUACAAAAGGUAAAACUUUUUGAGCUCUUUAAUCAAAGUAGCUAUCUGCAUCCAUAGCAUCAGUGGCAGGAGUGCCAUGCGAAUGCCUGCCACAUGAGAAGAAAAGAAAAUGAUUAUAAUUAUUGCUUUUAAAAUGAUUGUCAAAUUGUGCCUUAAAUUUUCAGUUAGAUCUAACCGUGUAAUUUAGAGCAAUAAUUCCAGGCCUUAUGUUGGAGAAUCCAAUCAGCGAUUUGUUUGAAAGGCUAGAUUUUUUUAAUACUUUUUCUAGAAAAUUAGGUUAUUGAGGGGCUCUCUUCUUUUAUUUUUUCUCCUCCAAUUUUAUUUCGGCAUGAAAGGGGCAGCCAAAAUGCACGUUUGUCUUGUAGGUGGCAUUUUCAUCUGUUUUGUGUUCUUUUAGAGAGAUGCCACUCUGUCAUUUUAUGCAUAAUGACAUCUCUUUAGAUACACACCAACCAAUGAGAUUGUUUUGCUAAAGUUAGCAGGCAUUUUUUUUAAUCAACCAAAUUUUGGGUUGUGGGGAAAGUGUUGCAGUUCUUUGCUACAGGUUCAUUCUAACUUUCACUGCAAAGACGAAAUUUUUUAUAGUCUUCCCAUAUCUUUACUGUAGUUGGAGGUUGACACGAGCGUUAAGCCAGAUUAUAAAGGGAAAUACUCAGUGUAACCUAGUUCCAUUUAGCAGCAAGUCUUUUGUCAGCUCAGGUCCUGUUGGUUUGGGUUUUUAAAUGUCAAAUUACAGACUUAGGGUUUCCUAAAGAUGAACAAAAAUGGCACUUCAUGUGCAGUAAUUUGGUGGUUCCAGACUGCAGUAUUUUCCCUACGUAUCUGGGUGUCGUAUGUUAGGAUUCCACCUGCAGCCGACAGUACAUUUGACCUAUUAUCCAGUCCAUCUCAUUGCUCCUUUUGGCUGCCUUCCCCUGCUCCCACUUGGUCCGUAUUUACACAGUUUAACUGAGCUUUUCUUUCUGCUGAAGGUCAGAGGCGAGCGAUAGGAAACACUACACUUUAUAAACAAGCAGAGCCGUUUUAACCCCCGCGCUCUGGACACGAACGCAUCUUUAGGUGGUGCACUGUCUGCAUCCUGAGAGUGCAUUUGACUGGUAUAGUAUGCAAAGCCACAAGAUAUGCUUUUUAAUGAAUUACUCGCUGUCAUCCAGCGACACAGCUUCAGCCUUGCCACACAGAAAAACCUUCCCGCAGCAAUGCGCUUACAAUAGCUUUCCUCUCCCUUGCAAAAAGUGAAACUUUCUCACAAUAUAAACUUUGUGUAUAUUGCACAAAAUGCUGGCAGUUAUUUUCCCGAGGCUUCUUUCUGUAACCUCUGCGUGGCAAUGUUGAAGAGCUUGCCUUUUUUUGAUGAGAUUAGAUGUUGCAUAUUGAUGUGAGCAUUUCAAAGGCCUGUGGGGCUUUGGAACGUAUUAAGAACCUCUGAAGUUAAUAUUCACCAUGUUUUAAAUAUUCAAAAGUAAAAAAUCUGUAUAAAAUGACUCUCGGUACACAUGGACUAUGUUGUUUCUUUUUGAAGCAAGCACUGGGGGGCUCGGGGCUCUGCUGGGCUCGUUCUUAACCUUCUUUCGUUCCAAUUUAUCAGAACCACUUGGAAAUAAAGGGCCCGGGCUCUUAUCCCACGCCAGUUCUAACGGUGGUGCCUGUGAUGGAGUGGCUCCUGAUUUCCUCUGGGAUUGAGUCCAAUGGGUGGGAUUUUCACAAGAUCCUAGGGGAGUUUGGAGCAGCCAAUUCCCACUGAAUUCCAACCCCUUUAUUGUCCCCAUCAUGGCAAUGUGGCAUGUAGGGCCUGAAUCAGACCUCGCUCGCAUCAUAGUCUGUAUCCAAAGAGCCCGUUCUGCUCCUCGGGGCGUGCACUGUGUGCCCUGAAUCAGGAGGAACUCCAGUGUGGAGGCACUGCUGGGAAACUGACGUGAGAGGAAACUCAAGCCUGUGGCUUUUAUGUCAGCAGGGACAGGGCAAGCGCAUUCUGUUCCAGGACGUUGGGACAAAGCUCCCUUCAGUUCACCCUUAAAUACGCCAGAGGAGAUUUUGCUUCGCCCGAACGUCCCUCUUCUGCUGCGUUGCGCGGGGCAAGAUGAAAGCUGUCAGCAGAAAUGCUUCUAGGGAAAACUGCCGGCCGCUUUAGGUGAGGGUCAGGUAGAGCUUGCAAACACUCAGCCGCUCCGCUGUGCCGUUCCGCUGUGCCAUUAGUUAUUCCAGUCUGCCUUCCCCUUGAGUGCACACCGGGCAUCUCCCAGGAGCACAGCAGCUCUUUGGAUACACGCUACGUGCAGCAUCAGGGUUAUCACGUUGGCCCUUGUCUGAGUCAGCCCGAGGGGCUCGUCCUCGGGUCUACUCCUGCAAGGUCCUAUGCAAGUUGUUAGUCCUGGCCCCUGGAGGGGCAGAAGGUGAUGCUGCCAUUUUUGGCUUACAAAUAACGCAGCCCUUUUGAAAUCCCCUUUCCCCUCUCUCACGUUCCUGACGAAGGCAAGGCUUUAAAUCUUGAAUAGCAUGGGUGUUUGCCUAGCAUAUGCCUUGAAUACGUUGUCAGAUUGGGAGCAGAAUGAGGGAUUUCAAGAUCAGUUCCUCUUCAGCCCUGAUGGUAGGGUCCUUGUUUGAAACUAGACUUCCCCUUUUAGACAAGCCCUAUAGAACUUACACUUUAAUGUAUGGAACGAGAAUUCGACUCAGAUUGGAACUAACAGGGUUCUGUAUAAAUUUGCCAUAGUUCUGAAGGAAUUACCCUAAAAGCAUAUGGGGCAGAUUCCCUCAUUGGUGUAAAUAUGGUCGUUUACACCAGUGGGGGGAUCUGCCCCAUAGGACGUUAUGCUCUAUGCCACUCUAUCAACUGAUUUGUUUGAACCAUUCUAUAGAAAUCGAUAGCAGGGAUAGACUUCUUUAAUCACUUCUAUAGGUGGCUUCCAAAAAACCCUAUAGAAACAUUGCAAUUUUUUUUAUUAAAUUCUUCAGGACUUCUCCAUAAGGGCUGUGGCUUAUAAAAACACGAGACUUCACCCAAAUUAAGCUUUAUUGAUACCCAAGUUUGUGUUAGGUGACGUUGAUAGUUAAUCGAGGAGUAGUAAUAGAAUCAUAGACAUAAGAACAGGGUUUGAUGAUUUUCCCAUGCCUAGUGCUGAUGCAGAUUUUUCUAGCAUUGUGUGUAACUGAGAUGAGAAUCUGACCCAGAGCAUAAUGGUUCAAAAAUUUCACUCUAGUUAUUUUUAUUCUUUUGAAAUAAAUUUUUGGAUAUUAUUUUGGACCUGAUCUUGCAGCCUUUACUCACGUGAGUAGUUCCACUGACUUUGGUGGUGGUAUUUGUGUUCGCGUGACGGGAUCGGGCCCCACUACAGACUCUAGGAAAGAGAUUGCAGAAAUAUUCUGUUUCACUUGCAUUAAUCACACCAAGACGUUUCCACCAAGAGCCCUCUAUUUAAUAAGUAGGAGGGCCUGUAAUUGCAAUCUGAGUUCUGAUCUUAUCGACAGACAUUAUGACUUUCUAGGUAUUGCAACUCUAUUCAGAUUCAUUUUGCCUCUGUUUAAACUUGGAUUGAUCAGUAAGAGGGAACAGCAAGAGAUGCGAGGGCCAGGGAGAUGCAGUGACUAUAGAUAAAGGAGUUUUCUUCCUCCUGUGUCUGCAGGAUUUGAAGCUUGGAAUGGAGCACACACAUCAUAGAGGAAAACUUUACCAACCAUGCAUAGGGGCUGUGAACAGUAUACCCGUUAUAUAGCUUUCAAACUCUUGGAAUGUUUGUAGGAAUGGAAAUUUGAAUCUUUUUCAGGUCUUAGCUAGUAUACUUUCCAGCGAGGGAGUUUACAUACCAUCAUUGAUGGCAGCAGAUCGGAGCUUUCAUUUUGUUUUUAAAUUCAAUGUCUAGCCCAUAUGGUUGCAAAGAAAUCCUUCCAAAUAUGCCCUCCAUAGGAGGCUGUCUUCCUGAGUCAUGCAGGCAAGUUGAAAUCGAAGUCCUGAUUCCGUUCUCGCUUAGGGCAGGGAAAAUCAGGAGUAACUUUGGUGGAGUUGUAGCCGUGUAAAAGUGGUAUGAGAUCAGGAUCAGGAUCUCUGGGAGUUUUGAACUCCCACGCCCCCAUUCAUCUCAAUAGGAUGUUAUCCCAGACACAUCAUGAUGUCAGUGCAUGCUAAAGUAGUUGCAAACUUCGCUGCUGAUGGUUUUGGCAAAAAGCACCCAGCUUUUCAGGAAUUGGACUAGAGUUUGGGAAUGGGGGUGGAACUAAAGAAGAAUGAACCCUGUUUUUUUCUGUUAUGUGUCAGCCUAGCUGUGUUUGCUCAGUAGGGAUAAAAUGUACUGUAUAAGUAUAAGAAUCUAUGCAAAAAAAAAACCAAACCUGGAUAUUUUAAUGCACACAGAACUAACUCUAUGCAAAGCCUCCCUUUUCUCCAGCAAGCACGAUUAUUUCUUUAAGUUUUUUUGUCUGACUUUGCACAAAGCACAACGCAUUUUUUUUAACACGACUUCUAAGAAAGUCGAUACCUAAAAGGAGGAGGGGGAGGGGUCUUACUGUCAAACACUUGGAUUUUUCUGGCUUGGAAAUUAAUAAUUUCUACACCUGACCCAAUUCCUGCAGCUGCCAAAAAAGAAAAGAGAACGCUAUUUAAAUUUCGCAUAGAGCCAUUUAUCUCUUAAAAUAUGCCAAAGCAAUUUGAGGUGGGGGUGGAGACUUAACUAUUUAUCUCCACAGCCUAUUUUUUUUUCUCUUUAUGUUUCUAACUGUCAGGGAAAAAGAAGGCU